GAAGGCUCCCAGGGCCAGCAUGGCGGGCGGCUGGGCCACGGUGCUGGCCUUGGGGCUCUGCCUCGUUGCAACACGCCGGGGAGGCUGCCAAGCCCCUGGUGCAGCCACGGUCCCCCAGAGCACAGCCGCACUGCGGGACAACUUCCGCCUGCAGCCAGGUGAUUUGGUGGCCACAGCUGGCCAAGUUCUGGAGCUGGAUUGUGUGCCCCCCUCGGGUCACCCCGAGCCCCACGUCACCUGGAAGAAGGAUGGGGUGGCCUUGGACCUGGCGAGUGACCGGUACGUGAUCACCAAGGGGAAGCUGAAGGUGUCCCCGGCACGACGCAGCGACUCUGGGCUCUACGUCUGCGUGGCAGCCAACGCAGCAGGCGAAAGGCAGAGCCGUGGUGCCCACGUCUCUGUCCUGGAAAAGCCAACCAUCGUGCGGCGCCCGAGUGACACAGUGGUGGUAGCUGGCAGCACCGUGGAGCUGGGUUGUGGUGCCCAAGGUGAUCCAAUGCCGCGGGUACAGUGGCACAAGGAGCAUGGGGACCUCCCCUGGGGCAGGCAUGAGGUGGACCAGGAGAACACGCUGCGUCUCCAUGCCGUGACGCCCAUCGAUGCCGGCACCUACGUGUGUACAGCCCAGAGUCAACUGGGCACCGCCGCUGCCACCGCCCGCCUCCACGUGGAGGGCCGGCGGGAAGCAACGCCACGAGACCUUCUGACCGUGAGGCUUCACCUGGACAACAUCACCACGACGCCCACCGCGGCUGUGCAGCUGCGCUGGCGGAUGUUGACUCCAGUGCCAGCAUUGGUGAGCUUCAUGGUGCUGUAUCGCUGCCUGCUCCCCACCAGCACCUCCUGGGUCCAACAUGACGCUGGGAAGCUGCUCAGCACCAUCAUCCCCCAGCUCCGCAGGGGCCACCGGUACGAGUUCAAGGUCCGACCCUACGCUGGUGGGACCCAAGGCUCGGACAGCAACAGUAGGCUCCUCUGGAUCCCUGAGGAAGUGCCGAGUGCUGCACCCCAACAUGUCACCGUGGGCCAGGCUGAGACAGGGAACAGCACCGUGGUCGUCAGCUGGGAGCCACCUCCUCCUGAGGCCCACAAUGGCAUCAUCCUGGGCUACAAGGUCUGGUCAAUGGGCAAGGGCUGGCAGCGCCCCACCAACAGGACCGUGGACGGAGGCACUCACCACGUGGAGGCUCAGCUCCCCAGCCCCGGGGCCGAAUUCUGUGUCCAGGUGGCAGCCUUCAACAGCGCAGGGCUGGGGGUCCCCAGCAAUGCCACCUGCAGCAUCCUGGGGCUGACAGCUGGGAGCAGUGGAGUGGUCAGGGUGCUGCGGCAGCCUGCGGUCAUCGCCGUGGCUGGCUCGCUGCUCUGGUUGGCCUUGCUCGCCCUCCUCCUCCUCCUCUGCCAGCGCAGAGCCAGCCAGGACACUGCAGCUCGUCACAAGCUGGUGGCUGGUGACUCACCGUGGCUCGGCGGCCCCUGGAAACCUCCUUGUGCCCCCGGGAACCUCAGCAGCAGCAGCAGCCUCAGCAGCCGGCUGCUGGGCAGCGAUGGCCGCGACCCUCACCUCUCCACCCUGUCCUCGGAGCCAAGCCUGGGCCCCCCCACACCUCCUACCCGCAGCAGCCUCCGCGGGGGGCACCCAGCGCCCCUCGGGGACACGGCGCACCCCGGGGUGCGCACCUCCCCCAGCACCCCCGGCACGGCACCCUGGGAGCGCAUCCACAAGCGAGGUGGGUAUGGGGGGCUGAGGGGACACGGGGACGGCGGCAGGUGGCUCACGGCUCCGUGCCCGCCCCCUCUUGCAGAGCUGCAGCAGGUGCACAGCACUCCCCUGCUCGCGGGCGGCCCCGGCCGUGGCCCCGCCACCGGCAGCGCGGGAGGCGAGUGGGGGACGGACCUGGGGCUGGCGGCAGGAUGGGCUCAGCGAAGGGGACCUGACGGUGACAACGGCACCGCCGUGGUGGCCGGAGAGGACCCGUGGCGGCUGCCGCUCUUCAGCUCCCCCAAACCGCGGCGAGGCAGCGUGUCGCUGGCCACCAGUGUCACCAGGUCGCCAGUGACAGCCCCGAGACCGCCCCAUGGAUGGCACCCGCCGGUGACACGGUCCCCAGCCACUGCCAGCCCCAGGGACACAUCCGCGGUCACCAGGAUCCCCAGGGACAGGUCUCCAGCCACCCAGCGCCCCAAGGACACAUCGCUGGUCACCAGGUGCCCCAAGGACACAGCCCCAGUCCCUGGAACCCCGAGGGACUUGUCCCCAGCCACCCGGAACCGCAGGGACACAUCCUUGGUCACUGAGAGCCCCAGGGAUGUGUUCCCAGUCCCCAGGCACCCCAGGGACGUGACGCUGGCCACUGAGUACCCUAAGGCAGUGUCCCUGGCCAACAGGCACACCAAGGACGCAUCCCCAGUAACCCGGCACCCCAGGGACGUGUCACCAGCCACCAGCCCCCAGAGGGGCACAACCUCAGCCACCAGGCAGCCUGAGGACACGUCCCUGGUGAGCAGGCACCCCAAAGACCCCUCGCCAGUGACCGAGCACCAGAGGGACAUGUCACCAGCCAGCAGGCACCCCGAAAACAAGUUCCCAGCCAGCGGCCAUCCCAGGGACACAUCCCCAGUCACCAGGGGAGCCAAGAAGUCCCCAGCCACUGGGCACUGCAGGGACAAGUUCUUGGCCACCAGCAGGUACCCUGAGGAUAUGUUGCCAGCGACCAGGCAUGCCAAGGACACAUCCCCAGCCCUGGGACGCCCAAGGGACAUGUGCCCAGUCAUCGAGAACCCUGAGGAGAUGUCCCAAGUCCCUGGGCAUCACAAGGACAAGUUCUUGAGCACGAAGUGCCCCAAGGACGUGUCCCCAGCCACCAGCCACCACAGGAACCCAUCGUCAGCCACCAGUCACCCAAGGGAGUCAUCACCAGUGACCAGGCGCCCCAAGGAGAUGUCUCCAGUCCCUGCUCACUGCAAGGACACAGUCCUGGGCAACAGCAGGUACCCUGAGAACGUGUCACCAGUCAUGAGGCACCCCAAGGACACAUCCCCAGUCGCCAGGCACCCUGAAGAGAUGUCUCCAGCUGCUGGUCACCGGAGAGACAUGUUCUUGGGCACCAGGUACCCCAAGGAUGUGUCCCUGGCCACCAGGCACCCCAGGGAUCCAUUGCUGGUAGCCAGGCACCCAAGGGAUAUGUUCCCAACCACCAGGCACCCAAGGGACAGGUCCCUGGUCACUGGGCGCGUUUCACCAGCUCUCAGCGACGGAGUCCUCACGCCGCAGCAGGUGGCUGAGGACCUGGAGAUGGACCAGGACAGCACCUACCCCAGCCCUACAGCACCAACCACCCCCCGGUCCUUCUCACCACUGCACACCUAUGGCUACAUCUAUGGGCCACCAGCCUCUGAGCUGGGUGAGGAGGAGGAAGAGCACGAGGAGGAAGAGCAGCCAUCGACAAGAGGCUCUCCGGAAGGGUCGCUGCUGAACGGCUGGGGGUCUGUCUCAGAGGACAACUUUGCCAGUGCCCGCUGCAGCUUGGUGAGCUCCUGUGAUGGCUCCUUCCUGCUGGAUGCCAGCUUUGCCCGGGCACUGGCCGUGGCCAUCGACGGCCUCUGCUUUGGCCUCAAGGACACCGAUGUGGGCUAUGGGGGCCCCUCACUGCCACCAUCACCCUUGGAGAGGAUCUUCUCUCCUGGGGUCCCCACCUGGGACUGGGGAACAGCACUGGGGGGCCCGCAAAGAACUGGGACAGAGGCAGGCACAGGCAGCCCACAGCAUGGUGGCCAUGGGACAAGGAUUGGCAGCCCCCGGUCCAGGGCAGGUGGUGAGCUGGGGACAGAAGGGACAGGAGGAUGGCAGUCCCCAGGGUGUAGGGCACAGCAAGGGCAGGAGCCCAUUGGCUCUGCUAAACUCCAGCUUUAUUAAGUGGUUCCCCAAAAAGGGGUUCUGCUAGCAAAAGCCACCCACAGAGGGUAGGUGGCACCAAGGCGGGCAGCUGUCUUCCCAGUGUCCCUGUCCUUCCCAUGUCCUCCUUCCCAAGCACCCUCAUCCCCCCAGUCACCCUGAUCCAUCCCAAGUACCAUUGCCCAUCCCAAACGUCCUCAUCCUUCUCCAGUGUCCCCACACUUGUCAUCACCAAGUGCCACUAUUGCCUCCCACAGGCCUCAUUCCUCCACAACUUUCUUGUCCUCCCCAAGUGUCCUACUCCAGCACUCUCAUUCCUCAGUUGUCUUCAUCCAGCCCAGGUACCAUUGCCAGUCCCAGCUGUCCCCAUCCUUGUCUUCCCCAGUGCCCUCCACCUUCCCCAGUAUCCUCAUCCCCCCAUCCAUCCCCAUCCAAACCAAGAGCUGUUGUCUAUCCCAAGUGACCUUGUCCUUCCUUGGGGUCAUAGUCCUCCUGACCAUCCUCAUGACCACUCCAACUGUCCUUGUCCUUCCUGAUUCUCCUCAUCCUUCCUCAGCAUCCUUGUCCCAUCUUUGAUCAUCCUUGUCCCUUUCAGUUGUGCUCAUCUCUCCCAAGCCACCUUGUCCUUCAUGAAUGUCCUGAGUGCCCCUUCAAGUGCCCUCAUCCCUCCACACUGUCCUUGUCAGUCCCCAAGGUCCUCGUCCCUUAUGACUGCUCUUGGACUUCUCCAGUAUCUUCAAAUGUCUGCAGGGUCCUUGCCUCUCCUGAGCGUUCUCAUCCCUCCCUGAUGUCCUUGUCACUAGUGACUGUCUUUGGCCUCUCUGAGCAUCCUCAACUAUCCUUGUCCCUCCUAAUUAUCCUUGUCUCCAGGCUUCUCAUCCCUUCCUGAGCACCCUCAUUCCUCCCCAACCUCCUAUCCCUUCCAACUUUCCUUGCCCCAAGGUUCUCAUCCCAUCCAAUUAUCCUCAUCCCUCCCCAGUGUCUUUGUCUUGAUCUGGUGUCCUUGUCCCAUGGCCUUCAUCCUUACUGAGCAUCCUUAUCCUUCCCCAUUGUCUUUAUCCUUAGUGACUGUCCCUGGCCUUCCCAAGCAUCCUUAAUCCUCCUUUUCCAUCCUAACUGUCCUUGUCCCCACAGUCUUCAUCCUCCUAAGCAUCCUCACCCCUCCCCAACAUACUCUUCCCUCCCACCUCCCCUUGUCUCCAGAGCCAUCAUCUUUCUCAAGCUCCCCUGUCCGUCCCCACUCUCCUCAUUCUUCUCAGCUGUCCUUGUCUCCAGGGUCACUCUUCCUGAGCAUCCUUGUCCCUCCUGCAUCUUUAUUCCUCCCAACUGACUUUGUCUUCAGAGUUCUUACCCCUCCCUGACCAUCCUUGUCCCUCUCACCUGUCCUUGUCCCACCCUGAGCAUCUCACAUCCCUUUCUCAUGCUGCUGCCCGCCGGGUGCCGGCUCUGUGCCGCCGUUUCAGUGAUGCCACUCCAAAAUUAAAGAUCAUCCCACUCGAC